AUGUCUUACCAGAUAUAUUUUUAUGAUAAAGCAAUCUUCAGUGAAAGUGAGAGCGAGAGUGAGUGUGAGAGUAGGCGCGAGGGUGAGACCGAGAGUGAGAGUAGGAGUGAGAGUGAGAGUGGAGGGAGUGUGAGUGUGAGAGUAGGAGUGAGAGUGAGAGCGAGAGUGAGAGCGAGGGUGAGAGCGAGAGUGAGAGCGAGAGUGAGAGCGAGAGUGAGAGCGAGAGUGAGAGCGAAAGAGAAAGAGAAAGAAAGUGAGAGCGAAAGUGAGAGCGAAAGUGAGAGCGAGAGUGAGAGCGAGAGUGAGAGCGAGAGUGAGAGCGAGAGUGAGAGCGAGAGUGAGAGCGAGAGUGAGAGCGAGAGUGAGAGCGAGAGUGAGAGCGAGAGUGAGAGCGAGAGUGAGAGCGAGAGUGAGAGCGAGAGUGAGAGCGAGAGUGAGAGCGAGAGUGAGAGCGAGAGUGAGAGCGAGAGUGAGAGCGAGAGUGAGAGCGAGAUGAGAGUGAGAAAAAGAGAAAAACAGAAAGAGAAAGAGAAAGAGGAAGAGAAAGAGGAAGAGAAAGAGGAAGAGAAAGAGGAAGAGAAAGAGGAAGAGAAAGAGGAAGAGAAAGAGGAAGAGAAAGAGUGA